CAGACACCGCAUAUCGGCGUUUCACCCGAACCGGUUCACUCUCAAGAAGCCUCACCCAGGCCAGCGUCAACAUCUCGUUACAUCCUCUUAUCCCCAUAUGUAAACCUAUUGAGGCGGUGAGUUCUAAUCGAAAAGUCGAGUGUCGGCAAAUAACCGCCAGCUUCGAGUGCUUUCUCUUGCACGUCUGUCUGCCCUUGAAAUGGGUUCAAGCCACUCAUCUCAUGCCUACCUGAAGAGAAAUUUGGUUAGAAAAAUCCCUGAGCCUACCCGCAUGAUAUUGAAUACUCGAAUAGACGCUCCGAAGGCCACUCCUAGCAGGCUUCUUUACGGUCAACGGCCCUCAGUUAGACAUCAUGUCAUGCAAGCGCUCGUGUCUGCCUCAUCACCCACGUCCUUUUCCCGAAUCUUCGUAGUUUGUAUUGGUGUGACGACUGAGAACACUUCUUUCCGCUCUUGCGCACUUUCCUCGGGUCAACCUAUCAUCGCGUCAAUGAAUGUGGGCUUGGCAUCUAGAUCCCCCUUGUUUGCCCAAGAUGCAACUUGUAAAGCUCUAUCUGGCUUGCGGGAGCUUUCCCAUCUUUACGUAGGGGCCUUAGACCACGAGAGUUUCUUCGCCUGGCUUCUUUACCGUCUCCCUCCUGUCGAUCAGCAACGGUGGAGAUCGACAUCGAUUAUCAUGGCAGCUAUGAUCCACUGCAUAUCGCCAACCUCAUCGUCUCGCUCUCGGAGUGCCUCUCUCCUCCUCUUGAGAAACUUCACGUCGAGUUUGAGCUCGGCCUCAAAUAUAUCAGAGAAGACAUCGCCGGUCGAAGUCAUGCGCUUGACUUUGACGCGGUUGCCCCGUUGCUGCCGUUGAAAGACUUACAGCUCGAAUGCAUUUGAACUUCGGACAUUAACGACGCCUCGUUCAAGAUACUCGCUAGUCCCGCAAUCUAUGA